GAACAGCAUCGAGACCGUUCUGGGGCCCGAUUACGUUCGAUCGCCAUGUACAGAAACUUCGAUCGACCAGGUGAUCACCGUGCAUCACAUUAACCUCCAACAGGUGUAAAAUCCAGAGAACAAUCAUGUCUAAAAUAUACCGAGUGUUCCUCACAAUCUAUUCGCUUCUUCUCUCACCAUCGAUCGCCCUACUACUGCUAUGCCUGUACAUCUAUCGUCGCGUGGUCGACAGCAUCUUAAGGAUACAAUUGAAGGACAAGUACGCGGGCCUGCUCGACGGGACCGACACGAUCUGGGCCGUAGAGGAGACCACAGCCCUGUCUGUAAAUAACAUCCUCGUGAUCUUCGAAAAGGACGCUCGACAUUCAAACGUGAACUUCCUGGAGAGUUUCAGGGAUUUGGUCAAGACCCGUAUCCUAGCGUCGUCCCACCAGAAGCUUCUUUACAAGAGAAAAAAGAAGCUCGGUUACUACUAUUGGGAAAAGAACGAGGAGAUCGAUUUAAAGGAGCGUGUCAGGUGGUUAGAGUACGAGCGCACGAGCUGCGACGGGGGCUGCGACAACAUUUACAACGGUCACUUGAAGAGGAUCUUAUGGAACGUCUGCAACCAGCCACUUCCGGAGAACCACACCGCCUCCUGGGAGAUUCUGAUCGGAAAGUGUUGCCCUAGAUCGAGCCAUCAUUAUCUCCGGCGACUGGAGGAACGUGUGACCAGCAGAAUUCGUAUACCAGUCCUGUUCAGGGUUCAUCAUUCUUUGGGAGACGGUAUGGCCCUCUUGAAGUUCUUCAGGGAGGUGAUCGUCGACAAGGAACCGGUCCACGAGACCUUCGUGCAGCUCGAGCACACGAGCUUCAGGAUAAGGACCGAUGAAUCCAGAAGGACCAACGUGACAUCUCAGUUGGGUACAGGGAAGAACAAUCCAACGAAAGCUUCUUUGAUCGCUGUCAGAAGUUCACGGUGCUCGAUUCAGAACGAUGUUAUGUCUGCUUCCAUGCCGUUCAUCCACUUCAAGGUGUUCUUGCAGGUUCUGAAGUUGUUUAGAACACGAUUCGAGGAUGGAUUGAAGUUUCUUCGGAAUAUCACCGUAGAGGAUGUGAAGAGGGAGGCGAUUGUGUUUGUGAUGAACGAGGGAGAGAGGUCGAGAGAGUUCUUGUUGGGUGUUUGGAGGAGGACGAAGAGGUGGAUGAGGAUGACGAAGAUCAUUUUCGAGGCUCCAGCUUGUUUGAUUGAACAGGCUUUCCGUAGCAUGGAUAAAAGUGCACUCCAUGGGGCAGAACUGACAGGUGAAAAGUUGGUUUCCUAUUGGCUGGAGGACGAUUUCAAGAACAUCAGCGACCAGAGACUCUUCACAAAGAUUCAAAGUAUAAAAAGCAUCACGGGCGCCAGAUUCGGGGAUGUCCUAUUGGCUGCUUUAUCCGUUAGCCUACACAAGUACUUCGUUCGUACGAAUGAACCUAUUCCGGAUACAUUAAGCGUCGUUCUGCCGACGAAGAUAGAGGAAUGGAGCGAAAAUCAUCCUUUGCAGAACAACAUAUCAGUCGGUAUAUUACCUCUUUGUCUAUCCAAAAUAAGCGGCAAGGCAUCCGCGAAUCCGAUGGAAAAUUCUCAAAUUCUGGAACGCCUCGAAGACGUUAGAGCUGCGAACGAUGCGUUGAAGAAGGGUCCAGACCAUAGGGUUAAUUUUUUGGUGAUAAAGUACCUUUCUGCCGUGCUUCCAGAGAAAUUUCUGCGACCGAUUCUCAAAAGUCACAGCACCAUGGUAUUCAGCAACCUGGUUGGUCCUCGAGAAGUCAAGAUCCUGGGACAUUCGGUGAAGAAUAUUGUUUUCUGGAUACCAAAUAGGAAUCUCACAGGAAUCGGGUGCUCGCUGUUGACUUAUCGAGGUUACUUACACCUGUCUAUGGUCGCUGACAAAGCACUGGUGAAAAAUGAAAAAUCUCUGACACAGAUUUUGGAAAGCACCGUGCAUGAAAUUGAUAAUCUGUACGAGAAACUGACGCUGUCGUUUUUCUCGAAGAAACUUCGCAGGAGUAUGUCAACGCCCACGAAAAAAGCAAUCGGCGCGUUGUAAAAUUGCGGCGAAGAAUGACCCCUGAAGCGCGUGAUUCCUUGUUGUGCGAGUUCGUUAUGUGUUCGCGGUGUGAAAGAUUUUCUAUUGUAAAUGACUGUGUUUUGUAACUAAAAAAGAUCGACGCUCAUAAAACUAUU